UUACGAUUAUUCACAAGUGUUACUGAAGGGGAAGGAGGCGCUGCUGCCUGGGUUGACGAGCGCUUCACAUUCACAACAAUGCACAAUGGCCUACCUAGACAACGACGACUCGGCUGACGGUUGGCAUUAGCAUGGCCACGGGGCGAGGGACUGCGCUACGGUACCUAGACCGAUGCUUCACCAACACAACAUAGAGGCUGCUGCAAGUGCCUAUGGAUCAUCCCACCAGCCAGUUCGCUGGCAAGCAUAGACGCGCAACGCUGAAAGAGCGAUGUAAUCGAUCGCAACGCUCGCAUGAUUCUUCGCCACAUAUCGGAGACGACUGGUGCAUGAGCAAUUUCUCUCAUCUGUGUCCAUCGCGUCUGCGCCACGGUCGCCCUCAACCACGUCCCCGGCACACUCAGCUACAAGCUAUGGACUACCUCCGCUGUCUUCCGCAUCCUGUUGCUCGUCGGACGGCGCCUCAUACCCAUCUUAAUUUGCGAGGACCCUCGCCCUCUGAUCCUGGUAGGUUUGACGAGCCGUGCUAUGUCCUCGGUCCUUGCUUUUGGCUUUCUCGGACUUGGUAUGCUGUUCUAGUGCAGCCCGUGUCCGGUCAUUGCUGGGAUAGCCGUUGAAUACGCGCUAGUCAUUGUGCUGUCGGGCACGCUCGUCAGGUGCAGUCGUACGGUUGAUGGUGCUGCCAUCCGUGCUCCUGAGAGACAUUAGUGAAUUGCGCAGGACCUCGACAUCGUCCCACUUAUGGCUCACCGCCGUUCUGUGCGCCGAAGCACUGUC